AUGUACCGGUCCGCCACCGCGCCGCGGCUGCCGGAUCUAUCGCGCGUUGGCUCGCGAACGGAGCGCGUCCACAACGUCGACCUGGCCGUCCCAGCGCCUGAGCCCGAGCUGAUUGUCCUCUUUGACGACGAGCCGGAGGUCAAGGUGGCGGCGCCCAUCGUCCCCGAGCCGGAGGUCCAGAUGGUGGCACCCGUCGCCAGGGAGGGUGACAAGCACCGCCCCAUUGACGUCGAGCUGCUUCCAGAUGUUCCUGACAUCGUCAAGCAGGAGGUGGAGGUGGUCUUGGCCCUGCAAGCACAGGCGGAGGUUGCAGCGCAGCCAGAGAGGAAGAAGAAGAGGAAGGUGGCAGCUAACAUGGAGGUUCGCCGCUCAGAGCGCCUCCGGAAGAUGAAGAACUGA